CUAUCUUCUCAAUAUUACCGACAUUUAAUUUAGAGUCAGCAUGUCCCUCACUCUCGACCGUGUCGUGCGCGUGCAGUGUGCUACUGUAUCCUGCAGUUUAUUGGUCGAUGAUUAGAUCCAUGAACAAGCGGAGUCAUGCCUCCCCCGCCCUGACUCUGUUUGUCGGAUCCAUGGCGAUGCCCCUGCGUGAGUGCGUUGGGAGUGCGUUGCGAUCCGCGCCUCGACUUUCGGAGUCGGAGAAGAGGGAUUGAUUGGGCGAGAGUAGAGAGGUAGCUCCCGUAGGAGCGAGAGGAAUUUUGAAGGACGGGCAAGAACGCAGUUGUCGAAUUGCAGGUGUGCAAUUUUGGAGAAUUUUGUUGGUGGAGGAAGGAUCUCUGAGGAAGGUGUGGGGAUUGGAUAUGGAGGUUACAUUCAAUAACAGGCCGCAGAUUAUUCUCUUUGGAGAUUCCAUCACCCAGAGAUCCUUCGGUGCAGGAGGAUGGGGUGCUAGUAUGGUCAAUCGCUACGCCCGGAAGGCAGACGUUAUACUUCGAGGAUAUAGCGGGUACAAUACUCGAUGGGCUGUAUACAUGCUGAAGAACUUAUUCCCACUUACGUCGCCAAACCCUCCUCUGCUUGUGACAGUCUUUUUUGGAGCAAAUGAUGCUGCUCUUCCAGACAGAGGCAGCAGGGCUCAGCACGUGCCGCUGGUGGAAUACAAGGAAAAUUUGCGUAAGAUUGUAGCUCACUUGAAGGAAGCAAACGUCAAGCAUAUUAUCCUGAUUACACCUCCACCGGUGGACAUAAAGGGCCGUCAAGCUUAUGCAAGGGCCACAUACGGAGAAAAGGCAGAGGAGCUUCCUGAGCGCACCAAUGAAGCUGCAGGACAGUAUGCACAGGCAUGUGAAACGGUGGCGCAAGAGACGGGUGUGAGGUCAAUUAAUCUUUGGUCAAUCUUUCAAAGUACACCGAACUGGGAACAAAAAUUUCUGUGCGACGGACUGCACUUUACUCCCGAGGGUAACAUGGAAACCUUUGAACAACUUGAGCAACUUCUCGAUGAUCCUAACUUGACACCCUCGCUUAAUUGGGAAGUUAUGCCUUGGUGUUACCCUGAAUACUCUGCUAUCGACACAGAGAAUCCUGCAAGUUCUUUAGGAGCUUUGGACAAUUAGUUGAUUCUUCAGCUGUUUCAGAUAUCAUGGAUCUGAACUAAACCUGUUCAUCAGAUUCUGGAACAUUCCCUACCUGUGAGCUUCACCGGGUCCUCGAGAUCCAUAUCGAAGGUGGACGGAAUUUGCGGAGCUCUCAAGCUAAUGUCUUAGUAGCUAGCUGUAGAAUUCAUGCAACAGACGAUUUGCGGGAUCAGAGUCUGUUGCCUAGUCAUUGAUGUACAUUUUUCCAGGAACAUUCCCUCACCUAUAUCCUCUGGGUGAAAGAUGUUAUCUUCCCUCUGCUCUUAUACCGUGCAUUGUCUUUUGAAAUAGAAUAACUUCUCAGAUGCAUGAUUUCGAAGGUGAGCACAAACAUGCCCGACAUUAUCAGGCAGAAAAUAUCCAUGUUUUCCAUGUGGUGGUCCAAGCAGGAGUCCUUCGAAGCAAUAAAAUUUGUUGGAAUCUGGCUCA